AUGGCAACUAUAAUAGAGAUGUUGCCGGAUAUAGUGGCGGCUUCGUCAAGUGAAAUAGAGAGUACCAACGGCCCAGCCCAGCCCGGGGUUCUGUCAAAACUGAGCACCCAGGAAAUGAGUUCAAAUCCACGCCUUCGGGAAGCCUUUGCUCUUUUUGACCGAGAUGGAGACGGAGAGUUAACUGCCAGCGAGGCACUACUAGCUAUACGCUCUACGGGGCUGAUUGUGUCUGCCGAUGAAGCUAGUAGCCUGCCAGCCACCAUGCAGUGGGAGCAGUUUGAGAGCUGGGUUAGCAAGAAGCUGAGCAGCAGCAACCCAGAGGCGGACUUGAUCAAGUCGUUCAAAGUAUUUGACACGAAGGGGGACGGAACUCUUUCGACAGACGAACUCAUGCAAGUUAUAAAAACUCUAGGAGAUCUUCUGACGGACGAGGAGGUUGAGCGUAUGGUUAAUGACGCCGAUCCGAGCAAGACCGGCCGAAUUAAAUAUGCCGACUUUGUGAAGCUGCUUUUGAGCAACUGA